AUGACAGAUCCACCUGCCAGAUCGCAGCCGGCCGGCGACUUGCCGAACAGCUCACAGAGUUCGCGACCGAAUGUUCCCCAGCUUGCAACUCCAGUAUCUUAUGAGGGUAACGACCCAAGGAGGGCUUAUCAUGGGUCCUCGCAACCUAAUCUGCCUCAAGGAAGUUUUGCGCCCGUCCCGCAGUUCCCUCAACAGCAGAAUUCCUCACCUGGACGACAAGACUCAUUUGGUAUGACAUCUCUUGGUUCUGCUCUUCCAGAAGUUUUUCAAGGUUACGGAAGUAUGCCCUCUCAAAGGUACGCUGGAAGUCAUGCGACAUCUUCUCUUCAAUAUCACCCGCAAAGCACACAGUACACUGCGCCAGCGGGGAUGACUUCUCCGUCUGCAAUGCCAUACAACAUUCAGUAUCAACCUCAAUAUCAAGGAAUGUAUGCGCAAAGCCAUAAUCAAUCACCAACGAAUACUGGAACUGCUUCUGGACUGGGAAACCAAUUCUAUCAAGGGCAGAUUUUUAUGGGUCAACCUCAGCAAGCAGGAGGACCCUAUUUUGUACAACCAAACCAGUAUGGUGCACCCAAUCCGAUGUUUAUGAGUACUCCUUCAACUGGACAAUAUGGCCUUGGAAGAGGAUAUGGUGCAGAAAAUCGACUCCCUAAUCAGUUCCGUGGGACUGAAUACCUCGAAGGACAUCCUGCAGGUACCGGUCCUGGCAGGUCUUCCAGCAUUGCUUCCAGUGGCGGUCAGUCUUCAGUGGUUCGAGGUCCUCCUCGAAAACCUCGUCAGAGUGGCCAUGCGAUUUGGAUAGGAAAUCUCCCUCCACACACUGACUUGAUGAGCUUGGUUCUUCAUGUUUGCAAGGAGACCCUGGGACUCGAGUCACUAUUCCUAAUAUCGAAGAGUAAUUGCGCUUUCGCAAACUUCAAAGACGAGGAGAGCUGCGCAGCUGCUCAAGCCAAAAUCCACGACUCUAGGUUUCAGACUGUGAGACUAGUUAGUCGAUUGCGACGAAGCUCUGGUGCAGGUGUUAGCGCAGCGACUCCAACCGGCCCAGCAGCACUUGCACCUCCUGCAAAUCCACCUGUUGCAAGGACGCCUUCGCCAGAGACCGACACUAAAUCUAAAGAUGCGGCUGAAGCAGAAGCAGAAGUGAGCGGAAUCGCAACCGCAGAUGAUGUCGCCCAGCCAAAAGACAAAUUCUUCGUCGUCAAAAGUCUUACUGUUGAAGAUCUAGAGUUGAGUGUUCGAAAUGGAAUCUGGGCUACUCAGUCUCAUAACGAAGAAAUCUUGAAUAAGGCGUAUAAGUCUGCGGAUAAUGUGUAUCUCGUUUUCUCUGCCAACAAAUCUGGCGAAUAUUUCGGAUACGCGAAGAUGACAUCGCCAAUCAAUGAUGAUCCGGCCGCUGCGAUCGAAUUUGCGCCGAAAGCUCAUACUGUCGAGGAUCCCGAACUACCCAAGGCAAUACCAACUCCUGCUACAGAAUUUGCCCCCAAAGGAAGAAUUAUUGAUGAUUCCGCCAGAGGUACCAUAUUUUGGGAAGUAGAACGAGAUGACGGGGAUGGGUCGGAGGAUGAGGACGAGACGCAUAGCAAUCGAAGCGAUCAAGACGCAGAAUCCACCGCAAGGAAAGCUUGGGGCAAGCCAUUUCAAGUCGAGUGGGUUUCUACGACUCGGCUUCCCUUUUACAGGACGAGGGGUCUACGAAACCCUUGGAAUUCGAACCGGGAGGUCAAAAUCGCUCGGGAUGGCACUGAGCUAGAGACGGCUGUAGGACGAAGGCUUCUCGGCCUAUUUCAUCGAUUGCCAAGCCCUGUUGGGCCACAAAUACCUAUAAUGGGUGGGUACCACCCUCAGAUGCGAUUCCCUUAA